ACUUGUCGUCUCGUCCACUCGGUCGAUCGCCUUAUCUCCUCCUCUCCCAGUCCUCCCGCCCCUCGCCCCAUCCCCCACCACCCAGUCAGUGUCUGUCACCGCCUCACCGACCACACGCCAAGGGAAGAAGCAGCAGCGCCAUGGCCGCGCCGCUCACGGCCGUCCGGGCCCGCCUCCUCCUCCUCCCAGUGACCUGCACGGCAGCCGGUACCACCGGCCGGCCGGCCCCUCCGUCCAAGAGCAGCAGGCCGCGUCUACUACCACCAGGCACCACCCGGUGCCGGUGCUCCAGGCCUCCCAUGGAGGCGGUGGCGCCGGUGUCCGCGGCGGCGGUGGCGGCGCUGCUGCUGCUGCCGGCGGACGCGGCGCUGGCGGUGGGCGGCGAGUUGGGGAUCCUCGAGGGCCGCAGCUUCGCGCUGCUGCACCCGCUCAUCAUGGGCGGGCUCUUCGCGUACACGCUCUGGGCGGGGUACCUCGGCUGGCAGUGGCGCCGGGUGCGCACCGUCCAGGACGAGAUCAACGCGCUCAAGAAGCAGCUCAAGCCCGCCGCCGCGGCCACUCCCGCGGCGGUCGGCGCCGGCGCGGACUCCUCCUCCACCACAACCCCGCCGCCCGCUGCGGCCAGCAAGUCGCCGUCGCCGGCGGAGGCCCGGAUCGAGGAGCUCACCGACGAGCGGAAGGCGCUGCUCAAGGGGUCGUUCCGGGACCGCCACUUCAACGCGGGCUCCCUCCUCCUCGGCCUCGGCGUGCUCGAGUCCGUCGGCGGCGCGCUCAACACCUGGUUCCGCACCGGCAAGCUGUUCCCGGGCCCGCACCUCUUCGCGGGCGCCGCCAUCACCGUGCUGUGGGCCGCCGCGGCCGCGCUCGUCCCGGCGAUGCAGAAGGGGGACGAGACGGCCCGCAGCCUGCACAUCGCGCUCAACGCCGUCAACGUCCUGCUCUUCGUCUGGCAGAUCCCCACCGGGCUCGAGAUCGUCGGCAAGGUCUUCGAGUUCACCACCUGGCCAUGAGACGACGUCCUUGUGCGUGCGUGUCUGCUCUGCUAUGCGCAUCCUGCAUGUCCCUUCACCCUUCUCUUCUCUUUCGUCCCAUCCCAUGACCCAUGUAUUGCUUGGUAGUGUUAGGUUCAAUCUCCGUCUGCAGGUCGUUGUUUUCUUGACCUGUCGAAGUCGAUCCAUGUUCACAAAGCUGUGAUGCUGAGAAUGCCAAUCACAAGUUCCUUUACACUGUACAUGACAAGAGUUCGUUCUGCAGUACACAGUCUUUAGUUAAGCCGAAUCGCCAAAAUUA